GUUUAGUAGUUAUGCUUACGCCGAAGACCAUGGAAAACGCGCAAGGCGCGAGUAGUGUCAUUUCCAAGCGACUCCCCCGACGAGGAUGGAGAUUAGCACUUUGCUAACUUAAUCCGCAGAAGAUGCAAUCGACAAACUCAUAUCACUGACAACAAACUACAAAUACCCCCACCUCCUUCGCUUCAUCCCCACCAUCAAUCAUGACUUGGAAUCGUCUCCCAACAGAACUUCACUUAGCCGUCGCACGCUUCCUCCCUCCUCAGGACGUUCGUGCCCUUUCACGCACCUCUCUAGCAUCCUAUAACCUCCACAUACCUCAAAUCUUUGCCGAUAUCACUAUCACAUCUCGUAGCGCUCUGCGAUCAUUCGUCACUCACGUACCAGCAAGAUACGGCGCACUCAUAAAUCGUCUCACUGUCUGCACAAAACCUGGAGAGAGAUCCGUCGUAUACCAAGUUGACUGUACAGAAGACCUCGCAACCCUUCUUGCCACUUGCUCGUCCCUGCGCUCCCUUUCCAUCUCCCUUGCCGGAUCACUCAAUGCAUCCACAAUCACACCUGUGUUUGCUACUCUCACAACCGUCCAAAACUUCGAGAUCGGCUGCUGGGGUCAAGAAGAGACUGCACCUGUGUAAGUGAUUGCGACGCUGCUUGCACAGCUUUUGUCUGAUUGCCCUUGUACACAGCUCUGAGCGUAUCGCAGUCUCGC